AUGGCUAAUUUUUCGGUCUCACAACUGCAACAGAAAAUUGAGAUGAUCAGGAAACUCCGCGAGGAGGUCAAUGAGUUAAAAGCAGAGUCUUUGAAGUAUUUAGAAGGUAUGGAUCGCUUGGCUGCAGAGAGAGAAGCAGCUCGAGCCCAAUUAUCAUCGGCCAAAAACCAAUUUCAUAGUAUGAAGAAGAAAAGCUCGGUUCAAGCGAGAAGAAUAGAGGAGCUCGAGGCUCAGUUGGCCUCUAAACUUGUCAAGGCCGAAUCUAACGCCGAAAAGGCAAAGGCUGACGGAUGCACCUGUGGCCAGAUAAAAAGAGCUAAAGAGCUCGAAGUCGAUACUGAAGCCUUGGUUUCUGAUGAUGACGAUGACGAUGAUGAUGACGAUGAUGGGAGUAAGAGCGGAUACGAGAAUGGGGGGGAACCUGAUAGAAAAGAGACCGCUCCCUGGGAUAACGAAGAUGUUUAUCCCUUAGCUUCUAUGCUGUAA